AUGGGAAUAGCUUUUGCUGUAAUAGAAAUCGUCGGAGGAUUAAUUAACUUUGCCGAAGAGCCUAUUAUCGAGAGAAAACGGACUUCCGGAGAACUCGACUGGUUCAACUACACAAUUGUUGCUGGAGCAUGCGUUGCAAUACUGCCGACAUUUUUACAACUGCCACUGACAUUCAAGCGAUCUACUAGCUGUCAUAGAGCACUGGAUGAGACGAGACAAGAGAUGCUGAAGGCACAAAACAGUGCAGUCACUGCAGGAAAAGAAGAAAAGAUCUUAUCGGCGAAAGGAAAUUUCGAGCACGACUCAAAUUUAGAAUAA